AUGCCAGCAUUUGAUGAGGCCCUUCUUGCUGCAUCCUCACCUGGCAGAAGGAGAAAACCAAAAGCUAAGGCACCACUUCCUCCUGCUGAAACCAAAUUCGUGGAUGUCUCUUCAGUUGAUGAUUCAGUAACAUCAUCUGCUUUGGUCAUGGAACAGAAUGAAAACAUGAUAGAUAAAGACAUUGAACUCUCGGUGGUUCUACCUGGGGAUAUUGUCAAAUCUACUACUGUUCAUGGAAGUAAACCUAUGAUGGACUUGUUGAUAUUCCUCUGUGCACAGUAUCACUUAAAUCCGUCAAGUUACACAAUUGAUCUACUGUCUGCUGAAAAGAACUACAUUAAGUUUAAGCCAAACACACCAAUUGGAAUGUUGGAGGUAGAGAAGGUAAUUUUAAAGCCAAAAACUUUGGAUAAGAAAAAACCUACACCAAUAAUACCAGAGAAAACUGUGAGAGUAGUGAUCAAUUUUAAAAUAACACAGAAGACCAUCGUGAGAGUCAGUCCACAUGCACCACUUCAAGAACUUGUACCUAUUAUAUGUAGUAAAUGUGAGUUCAACCCAUUACAUACACUGUUGUUGAAAGACUAUCAGUCUCAGGAGCCUCUCGACCUGACACAAUCUCUUAAUGACCUCGGACUGAGAGAACUGUAUGCCAUGGAUGUCAGCAGAGCCACUUCUGUAACUGCCUUCAGUAAGUCAUCUUUACAAGAAUCCUGUCAAAUAUCCCAAAACCUGGACAUUAUGAAGGAGAAAGAAAAUAAAGGAUUUUUCAGCUUCUUUCAACGCAGUAAGAAAAAACGGGAGCAAACUGCGAGUGCUCCGGCAACCCCACUAAUAAACAAGCACCGCCCAUCUUUUACGAGAUCCAAUACCCUUUCCAAACCAUAUGUUUCGAACACCCUGCCAUCGGAUGCGCCCAAGAAAAGACGGGCUCCACUGCCUCCAAUGCCAGCCGCCCAGAGCACGUCCCAUGACCUUGGCAACAUCCAAGAGAAGCCACCUUCUUGUGUGCUAAAGUCCUUAAGUGUGGAUGAAACUGAUAAGAGUCUCUGUGAAGCGGGCAUAGUGAGGACAGGCUCGCUGCAGCUCAGUAGUUCAUCUGGGAAUUCGUCUUUGAAAAGGACAAAACGAAAAGCACCAUCACCACCCUCCAAAAUAGCCCUGCAUCAAAGUGAUGAAAAUAGUCACGUGACCGCCCUACAAUCAGAAGAUGGAGCUUCUCCAGACAGUGCUUUGGAAGCAAAUUCUCCUGAAGGACUGCCUAGCCCGGAUGCCUCCCUCGGCCUUGGGCUCCUCAGUCACCAACAGUGCACUGCACCCAAACUGAUGGAUGAAACCUCUCUCUUUGAGGGCCGUGGAACACCUGAAGCAGCUGUUGCGUCCUUGACAUCUGGAAUAAGCUCUGAUUAUAGUCUUGAAGAGAUAGAUGAAAAAGAAGAACUGAGUGAAGUGCCUAAAGGUCAGGCUGAAAAUAUUUCCCUGAAGUCAUCUGACAUUCCUUGUGCAUCUACUGAUAUAACAAAUACAUUAAAAAGUGAUUCUGACUCAGCCCUUGGCAUCAGUAAUGGAGAUGCCUCACAAAACUCCAAGGAAAAACACCAAGAAACUAGAAACACAGAUGGACAAGGGGCGAACAGUACUGCACAUGAUACAAGCAAUGACAAUAUGGUAGCUGACCAUGUAAGAAACUUGAAGUCACUGGGCCCAAACCAAGAGAAUGUAGUUCAAAAUGAAAUAAUGGUCAAUACAACAAAGACAGAAGAUAAUGUGAAAAACAGAAUGAAGAGAAAAGAAACCAAUGUAGAAGGUGAAGCCACUAAUAAAGAUACUGACAUGGAAAUUGACAGAUUGUCAAGCUAUUCCACAUGUAAAACUCAUAGUGCUGUAAGUCCUAAGGAAAAUCAUCUAAUAGUGUCAUCAGUAGCAGAUCAAAAACUGAGUCAACCUAGCAUAGGAAAAACAAAAAUGCAAGAUGCAGCAAUUCAGACAACUCCUUCCUGCAACAGUUUUGAAGGACAUCACCAAGAUCAUAAUUUAUCUGACUUCAAAGUUGAUGAAAGUGUACAAACUUCAAAUAACAAAUCAACCCAACACUCAUCCUUAAGUCUACAACAUUCUCUAGAUAUCUCAAGAGAACUCAGGAGUCAGGGCACCCUAAUACAUUCAGAAGAAAAACUUGCUAUAAAAGACCCAAUUUGUGCAUAUGGCAAUGAUGAUCUUUUGUCUCCUGUAGAUGGAAUUGAUAAAAAUUCAACUGUUUCCUACCUGAAGAAUUUUCCACUUUACAGACAGGACUAUAAUCUCAAGCCAAAACCUUCAAAUGAAAUCACAAGAGAAUAUAUACCCAAAAUUGGAAUGACUACUUAUAAAAUAGUGCCUCCUAAAUCCCUGGAAAUAGUGAAAGACUGGGACUCAGAAUCCACUGGGUAUAAAGAUGAUGAAAAGACACGUGAUUUAGGAAAGAAGUGCACUUAUGAGAAUGUGAAAGAAACUGCCAUGCAAACAGAAUACCUUGUUACUUCUGAUGGUUCAAAGGAGCCACAGCUAGACCUUAAACCAAAGCCUAACUUGAGAACAGAGCAUCCAUUGCACAGGACUGUGAGCUUACCUGAUGGUGCCAUGACAAAUCCUCUGAAACCUCCUAGAAUGACUAGAGACACAGGCACAGCUCCUUUUGCACCAAAUUUAGAAGAUAUAAACCAUAUCUUGGAGUCAAAAUUUAAAUCUCGGGUUUCAAAUCCCCAGGCCAAACCAAGCUCAUUUUUCUUGCAGAUGCAGAAGAGAGUGUCAGGUCACUAUGUGACAUCUGCAGCUGCCAAGAGUGUCCAUAUUACCCCUCCUCCUACCCCCAAAGAACUAACAAAUAAGGAGAUGGAAAGUAAUGCCCAGCCUCCUCCAGAACAGACUCUUUCUUCCUUAAGUAAAACAAUUCCUCCUGUCUUACAAUCCCAUCUUACAAAGGCUGAUGUCAGUGUAGUCAGCCAGAAGCCUGCCAACACCUCUCCU